AUGUCCACAAUUCCAAAAACCCACCUUGUCUCCGGAUUUGAGACUACUGGUUCAUAUGAUGUUAUCAAAACUUUAGAAGUUGAAACACCUCAAAUCACUUCUCCCACUGAUAUAAUUAUUAAAAAUAAAUACGCUGGUGUUAAUUUCAUCGAUGGUUACUUUAGAAUGGGUGUAUACCCUUCUGCCAAUAAACCCCAUAUUUUUGGUCGUGAAGGAAGUGGAGUUGUAACUGCUGUGGGUGACGCUGUUACCAAGUAUAAGGUUGGUGAUAAUGUGGCUUAUAUGUCUCCCAAUGCAUUUGCUCAACAUGUUAAACUUCCAGAAGAUUAUAUUCAAAUUUUAAAAUUGAAGAAUGAGGCUUCUGAAUCUGAUUUUAAGAUUUAUGGUGGAGCUUUAUUACAAUCUUUGACCGCAUUAACAUUCAUUACUGAAGCUCAUGAAGUGAAAAAGGACGAAUUUAUUUUAGUUUGGGCUGCAGCAGGAGGUGUUGGUAGUAUUUUAGUUCAAUUGGCUUCACAAAGAGGAGCCAAAGUGAUUGCUAUUGCUUCAACCACAGAUAAGUUAGAGAAAGCUAAAGAGUUAGGAGCUGAAUAUGUGAUUAACUAUAAGACUGAGGAUGUAGUAGCCAGGGUCAAAGACAUCACCGGAGGAAAGGGUGUUGCUGCUUCUUUUAAUUCCGUUGGUAAAAGUUCAUUUGAAAGUUCAUUUGAAAGUCUUGCCAGAAAGGGUACUUUGGUCAGUUUUGGUAAUGCAUCUGGUGUUGUCCCUCCAUUUGCCAUUAACAGGUUAAGCGCUAAAAACAUCACUCUUCUCAGACCUCAAGUGUUUGGUUAUAUUACCGAGGAAAGUGAAUGGAAACAUUACUCUACUAUCUUACGUGAAGAAUUAGAUUCAGGUAAACUUAAAUUUGAAAUUUCCAAAGUUUAUCCUUUAAAAGAUUACUCACAGGCUGCAAAAGAUCUUGAGAGUGGAGCAACUACAGGUAAAUUAGUUAUUGAAAUUCCUCAAUAA